AUGGGGUUGGAUCUGUCUGGCGUGGCCUUCAUCACCGGCGCCGGAGGCUCGAUCGGACAGGCAGUGGCGGUGGGAUUCGCGCGACAUGGGGUGACCAAGAUCGCCGGGGUGGACAUCAACAGCAAGGGCCUGGAAGAGACGGCGGCGCUGCUGUCCAGGACGUACCCGGAGGUCGAGUUCCUGGCGGUGACGGCCGACCUCACGUCCGAGACGGCGGUGCGCGAGGCGGUGCAGCAGGUGGUGGGCAAGUUCGGGGCGAUCCACUACGCGGCCAACAACGCAGGCAUCGGCCGGCCGUUCGGGCUGACGGGCGAGACGAACGCGGACGACUACGACCGGGUGAUGCAGGUCAACGUCAAGGGCGUGUGGCUGUGCGAGAAGUACGAACUCGAGCAGAUGGUCAAGCAGGCCCCUCGCACCGUCGGGUCCGGGGCGGGCGUGCCGGAACGGGGCGCCAUCGUCAACACCGCCUCCAUCCUGGGCCUGCUGGCCAUGCCGCUGCUCGGCGUCUACAACACCUCCAAACACGCCGUGCUGGGCCUGACCCGCACCGACGCCAUCGACUACGCGAGGAAGGGCGUGCGCGUCAACGCCAUCUGUCCCGGCUUCGUCGACACCCCGCUCCUGCUGGAUUCCACCAAAAAGGCCUUGGCCUCGACCAUCGACCGCACCCCGCAAGGUCGACUGGCCCAGCCCGAGGAGGUCGCCGACGCCGUGUGCUUUUUGGCCAGUGGCUUGGCCUCUCACAUCACCGGCGUGGCCUUGCCCGUCGAUGGCGGCUUCACUGCCACUUGA